CUCCCAGGUGCGUCCUCAGGUGGCCCGGACAAUGGUCUCUUUGAGAAAGCAGCGGGACUAAGCCGGGGACGGGGACGGGGACGGGAGAGGGUGACGGACGAAAGGAGCUGAUUUCCUCGCCAAGCGACGCCCCUCUAAAAAGGUGCGUUUCCAACCGGCGGCGGCUUCUUCGCAGCCCUCUUUGUGCGCGGCUGUCUUUGAAAGCGGAGAUCCCCGACGGGAGCCUGCUGGGCUGGGGAAGGGGCCUCGCCGCGAAGCCUUGGCAUCCCAGACCCGCUGACACCCUCUCAUUGCUGCUGCCUCCACUGAAGAACGGGACAGGCAGGAGGGUCGACGGGCCUGGAAGAGGUCAAGACUCAGCGCCGCUGGAGACCCCAACUUUGCUUCGCUUGCAUCCUCAGCCCGGGAUGCUCCGCUGAGAUGCGCCCUGGCUCCCUAAUUUAGGAACCAAGGAAAAGCCAGGAGCCCGGCCUGGAGGUUUCCCCACUUGGGACCGGUUCCGACGUUCCAACUGGACACGCAACCUCGGCGUCCUGACCUUUCCCCCAUUCAGCCCUUUGCUUUAGAGACGGACUAUCGAAACAGCCAAAGCUCCGCCCACCGCCCUCUGGCCCCGCCCUCCCACUUUCUCCCCUUUGGCGUCGUUCCCUCCUUCUUCGCUCCUCCUGCGAUCUGUCGGUCCUCCUGGCCGCCCUCCGCCCUCCGUCCAGGAGGGAUCUUCAGCUGCUUCGGGCAGAAGCGCCUCUCCGCCUGCAGCGCCUCCCGUCCCGGCGAUGAAGAGCGCGCCUCCCUGGGCUGGAAGAAGGCGAGCUCCCCGCCGCUGUGCAGAGUUGCCCCGCAGCGGUUGAGGCGGUGGAGGAACCAGGAUUUUGGGGACUAGCCACCAAGGCCCCUGGGCUGAAGAGCUGGACUUCCAAACAACAAUUGUUUUUGAAAUGGAUGAAAAAAAAUGGAGAACUUAAAACGUGCAGCUGGACUCUGCCUAAAGCCAUGGCAGUGGGAGCCAGCACCUUCCUGCUCUUGGCUGGAAUCGGAGCUGGGAUUUGGGCAAUAGUGGUGUCUGUGCUUGGCAGUGAAAAGGAAAGCUUGUAUAUGGGAAUUCCGAGGGACCUGCGCCUGACCUUAUAUGAUGAGACGGAAGGGAAGUGGAGGCUCUUGUGUUCUUCUUCAUCUGAUGCCCAGGUGGCAGCUCUUAGUUGCGAAGAGAUGGGAUUUGUCAGAUCUCUCUCCCAUUCAGUCCUGGAUGCAGACAGAGUAGGUGCCAAUGGAACAUCAGGCUACUUCUGCGUGGAUGACUCUCGCCUGCCUUUUGUGCAAAAGCUCAGAGACCGCCAUUGUUGUCGUGACCAGUUGGUGAACUUGAAGUCUAUAAUGAAAGAUCCCUGGGAACUGAAUACUGAAUUUUCUUGUCUUUCUCACAGUGAAUGCCUGACAGGCCGGUUCCUGGCCACUCUUUGCCAAGACUGUGGACGCAGGAAGUUAUCUGUUGGACGGAUUGUAGGCGGUUCAGAUGCUGGUUUGGGGAAAUGGCCGUGGCAAGUCAGCCUACGUUACGAUGGGACACAUCUUUGUGGCGGCUCCAUCAUCUCAAACGAAAUGGGUAGUGUACAGCAGCUCACUGCUUUUCCGGAGAGAAUCGCGUGAGUGAACCGCUGGCGGGUAUUCGUGGGUGCGUAUCAACAAUCCAUCAAGGGGCUACAGAUGGACGUAGCCAGCAUUGUGUACCAUGGUGGAUACAGGCCGUGGGACCCCAAUAGUGAGGAGAACAGCAAUGACAUUGCCCUUGUUUCGUUUGGCCACACCACUCCUCUUCAAUGGUGAGUAAUUUAUCAGCCUAUCUGCCUCCCAGCACUGGGGCAGACUUUGGUGGAUGGCAAGAUCUGUACCGUGACGGGAUGGGGCAACACACAAUACUAUGGCCAACAGUCUGACGUCCUUCAAGAGGCCAGUGUGCCCAUCAUCAGCACCAGUGUCUGCAAUGGCCCCGAUUACUACGGCAGUCAGAUAAGGCCCAGGAUGUUUUGUGCUGGCUUUGCAGCUGGAGGCACAGAUGCUUGCCAGGGGGACAGUGGUGGCCCUUUGAUGUGCGAAGACGGCAUUUCACAAGUGUCACGUUGGCGGCUGUGCGGCAUUGUGAGCUGGGGCACAGGCUGUGCCCUGGCCAAUAAGCCUGGAGUCUAUACCAAGGUUAAUGAUUUCCAUGGGUGGAUCCACCAGACAAUGACAAACUCCUACAUUAGCGGGUUGGUGAUUCAGCAAUGAAAUGCAUGGAACUGGCCGUCUCCCUUCCCAGUGAAUUGCUGCCUUAAAAAGGAGGGAGAAUCAAGGAAGACGAGUGUGUGGGGGGAAGAGGAAUGAACAUGCUGAUAUCUUUGGCCUGGCAGAAUGGGACAGAAAAGUCCUUGCCAAUUGCUAAAGGUGUCGUGGCGUAUUGGCUCUUUCAGGCUUUUGAUGAGAUGCUUUCCUUCCGUUACAUUGUCUUCAUGGAGCUUCUGGUCAUUCAGCUGCUCAUCUAUGGAUGAAUUGAACAGAAUACAGAGUCAGAAGGGAUCUUGAAGGUCUUCUAGUCCAAACCCCUGUUCAAGCAGGAAACUCUAUACCAUUUCAGACAAGUGGUUGUCUUAUCUUUGCCUAAAAACUUCUAGCGUUGGAGCAUUCACAACUUCUGCAGGCAAAUUGUUCCACUGAUUAAUUGUUCUAACUGCCAGGAAAUUUCUCCUUAGUUCUAGGUUGCUUCUCUCCUUGAUUAAUUUCCACCUAUUGGAAACUAAUCUUCUGUGCCCAGCUUCCCAAGGCAUUUAUCAUUGAUUUAGGGCUCCUGCUACAUAAAACCACAUGCACAGUUUUAAGACUUUAAACUUUCAUGGAUGCACUUGGAUUAAAGGGUUAUAAUAAAAAUCCUAUCAUGAGUUGAA